AUGUCCUGCCCGGUGGGUAACCUAGUGCUAAACUCCUUUUAUAAUAAUCCUUUACACAUCCUGUACUUCCAAAGUAUCCAAAUCUCCAAAUUAUCCCGAUUAGGAACUGUCCUUAAGGGUGAGAUAAACCAAAGGGUAUUGACACAUAUUAAAAUAAAAUUUAAAAAAAAUUUUUUAGGCCGUGAAAUCCACGAAAUCGUAGAACAACUCAAAAAAGGAACAAAAAAGAAAAAGAAGAGUGGAGUAAUCCAUCCAACAGCUAAGGGUUCUAUAGCAACUGCUGAUUCAUCUACAACUAUAUCUGAUGAAGAAAAUGAUGAUAUUGAAGAUUUUGAGGAAGGCAUCCCUGACAUUCUUCUAGCCACAACAGGGCACGGAAAGAAUUCACUAAUCAAAACAGCAGCUGGAAGUAUGGCUAUAGCCGCUGCAAUAUCUAAAGUAAUUGGAGGGGAACAACAGAAUAAAAAUAAUUUGACCACAAUAACUCCAAUACCUGAAGAAAAGGAUGAGGAGGAAGGGAAGGAAUAAAUCGAAGAAAGUGAAGGAUUUGAAGAUUUUUU